UGUAGGAUGUAGCUGACAUGGGGCGGGAGAAAGCACAUUACUGUCACGUGACGUAGCCGAAAGAACGUUGUUUGUGAAAGGGAGAGAGAGAAUGGGAAACUGGAAGCUUCGAAGGUCAACGCUGGGAUAAAGUACGCACUCUUAUAACUUAUCGCUGAUAUUUCUAAGUUGCUCAUCUUUUCUUUAGACUUAUUACCGACGACAUAAAAAGCCAACUAAUUUUAAACUUUUUAGAUUUAAAAGAAGUAAUGACUAGAAUAGGAAGGAGGCUCAUUGAAGAUUUCCUUCUUCCAGCUCUAAACGAACAGAAAUAUGGAGAUCUACUGAAAUGGGUCGACAAAGAUAAAUGUUACUUCAGCAUACGAUGGAGUCAUAAAAAUGCUGCUAAAUGGACUUUAGCAGACACUGCUGUCUUUCAGGAUUGGGAUAAGUUGAAAGGUCACUAUCAUCCUGAAAUAAAAGGUUAUUACAUGCAAGCAAAGCAGAGAUUUCGUGCUGCACUGUAUAAAUUAAAUACAGUUAUAAAGUUACCUUGUGAAGACAAGCAUGUAAAAAAGUAUCAACUAAUUUUGGAUCCAUGCAAAAGAAAAAGCGACAUUUUAGCUAGGAAACAAGUUCGUAUGGCCAAAAAAGAAGGCCAAAAAUCCAUUCCAACACCAGUCAUCUGUAAAAACACAUCCUAUGUCGAGAAGCCAAAAGUUGAAGAGUUCAUGGAAGAAAUUUAUCCUCCAGCAUCAGCACCUCCAUCUCCAGCAAGCUCCACCAAAUCCUCAGACUCCAGUUAUUCCGCUGAAUAUCAAAAGUGCAUUCAGGAGUAUCACAUGGCGAAAGAGCAACAGAAACAAAUGCUGGAACAGUUUCAUCAGUUCAUAAAAAAAGAACCUUCCGAUGAUGAGGAAUGCAUCUCGCCACUAAGGGACAGCAAUUCAUACAAUUAUCGCAAAACACCUCACGUGCCUAUACAGCCUUUACCUGUUUAUAAUAGCAAAUGUUCUUUAAAAGCAGCUAUUGACAAUAAUCAGCGCAGAUAUGAAAGUCCACAUGUGCUCCUAGUCCAAACAUACAAUGACCUAAGUGACGAUGGAGAUCAAAUGGAGGAAGAGAUUUCUGAAAGAGCUGAAAAUUCCUGUACCAGUGCAUACAGUUCAGAAGUAUUAAAUUUGUCUACGAAGAUCGAGGAAUGUGAAGUACAACCUAGGUGACCUUCAUAUUGCUGUUUGAUUGUUUUUAAUGAGAAACAUGUUAUAAUGACUGAAAACACAAUCACACUUUUGCCAAAUGAAAAAACUAGUUCACUUGAGCAACGAAAUCAGGUAUAUUGAACUGUGAG